UUCACGCGUUUGAUUGACUAUUUCCGACGUUCCAUAUUCCCCCAAAUUAACCUUCAUGGUCACAUACAUACGUACGAAUCUCCUUUGACUUCUUCUUCCUCUUCUUCUUCUCUGUGGGUGCAGAGAGGUCGAAGAAGAAUCAAAAUUCAAGAAUAAAAAAAACCCAGAAACAACCCAUAAGGUGACAACUCCCUGAUGUAUAUAAGCCCACUUCUUUCAUGGUUCACGUCAGCUCAAGAAGCUAAGCAACAAGGGAGGAGAGAGAUGGUGCAUUAUCAGCGUUACCAUCAGAUGAAAAAGUGUGGAGAUGAGGAGGAGGCUCAGACCCUCGUUUUGGAGUGUGGGAUCUCUACUUAUUUCAAGCGAACAAGGCCCAAGUUUCUGCCUCCGCUUUUCCUCUUCUCCCUUGUUUCUUGCAGCUUACUCUUGCUUCUUCUGAUUUUCAGCUCUUCCUCCACCAUUUCCCUCCUGUAUCCCUCUGAAGAACAUAAUGGGCCGCCUUCUCAUAAAGAAGCAGAUGGUCCCCCUUGUUCUGCAAUCCCUAGUGGGAGCAUUUUCUGUGAUAGAAGUGCCUUCCGUUUUGACAUCUGUUUCAUGAAAGGGGAUAUAAGGACUCAAUCUGCAUCUUCUUCAAUCUUCCUUUAUAGUUCUAACAACGACACUAGCUCUCAUAGUUAUCCUAUGGCUUCUUUGGAAGAGGAAGAGGAGUUACAGCACGAGAAGAUCAAGCCAUAUACACGGAAAUGGGAGACAAGCAUCAUGGAUACCAUUCCCGAACUAGACCUUAUUAUGAAGAAAUAUAAAUUUGGGGGGCGCCAUGAAUGCGAAGUCCAGCACUCUGUUCCUGCUAUCUUCUUCUCGACAGGUGGGUAUACAGGGAAUGUUUAUCAUGAUUUCAAUGAUGGAAUUAUCCCUCUUUAUAUUACUUCUCAGCACUUCAAAAAGAAGGUUGUGUUUGUUAUGCUUGAAUAUCAUAAGUGGUAUAUGUCCAAGUAUGGCGACAUCCUCUCCCGGCUCUCUGAUUAUCCCCCAAUAGAUUUUAAUGGAGACCAGAGAACCCAUUGCUUUCCUGAAGCCAUAGUUGGUCUCAGAAUCCACAAUGAGCUCACGGUGGAUUCUUCCCAAAUGCAGGGGAACAAGAGUAUUUUGGAUUUUCGCAACCUUCUAGACCAGGCAUAUCGGCCUAGAAUAAAAGAAUUAAUUCGAGGUUUGGGAGGGGAAGCCCAAUUGAAAUUUAAAAAGAGAUUGUCCUUAUCUCCAUCACCUUUGUCAUCAGAAGUGGAGGAACAGAAGCAAGAAGAAGAAGGGAAGAAGCCAAAACUGGUUAUUAUAUUGCGAAAGGGGUCAAGAAGGAUAGUGAACGAGGAUGCCAUGAUCAAAUUAGCUGAGGAAAUUGGUUUUCAUGUUCAAGUGUUGAGGCCAAGCCGGACUACAGAGCUAGCAAAGAUUUAUCGGGCUCUCAAUUCUAGUGAUGCCUUGCUAGGAGUCCAUGGUGCUGCCAUGACACAUUUACUCUUCAUGAGGCCCGGCUCUGUCUUCAUUCAAGUGAUCCCACUGGGCAUUGACUGGGCUGCAGAGACAUACUACGGUGAACCUGCCAUGAAGCUUGGGCUCAAGUAUGUUGGUUAUAAAAUCCUUCCUCGAGAGAGCUCUUUGUACAGGAAGUAUCACAAGGAAGAUCCUGUCCUAAGAGAUCCCAAGAGCAUAACCUCCAAGGGAUGGGAAUUCACUAAGAAGGUCUAUUUAGAUGGGCAGAAUGUCAUGUUGGACCUCAGUCGAUUUGGCAAACGGCUUGUUUGUGCCUAUAACUACAUCUCAAAGAAGAACCAGGGUCAUCAGUGGCAACCACAAUGAACUUAAUAGCUUCCAUUUUUCUAACUCCAUGGUUCUCUCUUUAUACAUUAUUCAAUCAAUUGUUUGGACAGCACUAUGUAUUACUACUUCAUGGGGUCAACACUAGAAGAUGAAAGAAUUCGUGCAUGUAGAGAUUGGUUUGCUGUAAUCCUGCCUCUGUAUAUAAAGUAGCAGAAAUUAGUCAUACUUUGUAUUAAACCAAGAUGUGAUAAGUAAUCACCAAAUUUUUUAUACAUAGUCUUUGUUUCAGUUUUGGCCCCUUGUAAAUUUCAUUUGCUUCAAUGAACCAUCUAUAGAAAUAAUUGUAAAGUUCUUUGUUAUCAUGUGAAACACUAAGGCUUGCAAAAUUCAUGCUUUUCUAUAGUGGAAUUGAUAUUUUAGG